CGACGGCUGCGGGAAUAGCGGUUCGCUGUGCAUCUGCAUGCCCCCUUGUCCAUCGUCAGCUGCGCGUAAAGUUAUUUUCUUUUCAAAUUUCUUUGGCGACACUAUACAACAUCCGAUUCGCCCAAAGAAAAAAUGUAAUAUCAACAUGUCUUUAUCAUCUGAAAUGGAGAAGAAUUCCACCGAAGAUGACUGUGUGGACUCAGGAGCGGAGACAGGAGGGUCUGACAACAGCCCCAUGUCUUCAGCCAGCAGCGAGCUUUCGGCCGGCGAGCUGCAGGACCCCUUCCUGGUCAGCGUGCACAUCAUCAGCGACCCGGGCCAGGCCCCGCCCCUCCAGUGCGCGGCCGACGCCCUGCUCUCCUGGGUGCACCCCGAGCUGCAGCUGUUCCGCGUCUCCGAGCGCGCCGCCUGGCAACAGCGGCCCAAGCGGCCGCGCGCGCCCUGCCCCGGCCAGCAGAGGGCGCUGUCCGUCAUCCUGUUCCUGCAGGAGGAGGAGGAGUCCCACGGGCUGCCCCGCCCCCUGCGCGCCCUGCAGGCCCCGCCCUGGCGGUACCACCACACGGAGCGCGUGGGCGGCAGGCUCCUCCCCCUGGCGCCCUGCGGGCAGGACUUCUUCAGCCUGGCGCCCGGGACGCCGCUGUGGGCCGUGCGCCAGGUGCAUUAUGGGAAGGAGAUCAUCCGCUUCACCGUGUACUGCCGGCACCACACGUUCGGGGACAUGGUGCGGAUGUACCGGCUGCUGCUGCAGCGCCCCCUGGCUCAGCGGAGGGAGGACUUCUGCUUCUUCCUGGUGUACUCCUGCCAUGACACGGAGAUCCAGCUGUCCUUCAAACGGCUGCCCCGCGGCCAGAGCCCCGCCCCCACGGACUCCGCCGUCAUGGAGAUCCGCGUGCGCGACGUGGGCGGGCUGGUGCCCCUGCUGCCCCGCCCCUGCACCCCCAUCAGCCCCGUGCGCUGGCAGACCGAGGACUACGACGGCAACAAGAUCCUGCUGCAGGUCCGAGGGUCCGCCCGAUACCGUCGGCGGCACACCAUCGCCAAGUUCACCUACCUGCCAGCAGACCCCUCCCUCGUGUCCGUGACCCCGCCCCAUGAGCCCUCCCCUGGCCCCGCCCCCUCGCUCAGGAAAGGCCCGCCUUCCCACCGGAGCCGGCGCCUCAGCCAGACCUCGCCCCGCCCCCGCCACCACGCCCCCGCCUGCUCGUCCAGCCGGGACCUGCGGCAGGCCCGUAAGGGGGAAGAGGGGGCGGAGCCGAACACUGACCCCGAGGCCCCCGGGGCCUGGUGGGCGGGGCAUCGGAGUCGCUCGCUCUUCUGCCUGCCCUCAGCGGGCGGGGCGUCGUCCGCCCGCUCCGCCCCCUCUCCCGCUCACUCCGCCCCCUCCCCCGCCCACUCCGCCCACUCCCGCUGCUCCUCGCUGGCCCCGCCCGUGCGGCUGAAGGAGGAGGCGCUGGAGGGCGGGGAGGAGACUGAUGUGGACACAGGGCGUGCGGUGGGGGGAGGGGAGGACCUGUCUGUGGUGUCGGCCUACUCCUGCCCCCGGCCCAGGCCGCGCCCGCUCUCCGCCCCUCCUCAGGACCCCGUGCCCUCCUUCUCAGCCCUGUCCUGUGGCUCCAUGCCCCUGCUGGUUACCCACGCCCCCCUGUCGGACGAUGACUCCUCUGCCCUGCACAAGACCCCCCUACAGAACACCUGCCUCCCAUUGGCUGCACGGGAGGAUGGGCGGAGCAGAGGGGCAGAACAGAGCUCUGGGAACAGACCUGCUGAGGAGGAGGAGUUUUACAUCUGAGUGACAGCUGGGGGGCGGAGCUGAGCACACUGCAGCUCCCUGUGUUAUUACAUCUGAGUGUACUCAGCACUGCAGAGAGGAGCAGGGUUAUACUCACACACACACUCACACCACACUCACACCACACUCACACACACACACACACACACACACACACUCACACCACACUCACACCACACUCACACACACACUCACACACACACUCACACCACACUCACACCACACACACACACACACAAACACACACUCUCACACACACACACACACACACACAAACACACACACACACACACAUGUGCAGACACACACACACACACAUACACACUCACACACACACACACUGCAGGCACACACACACACCACACACACACACGUGCAGACACACACACACACACACACGUGCAGACACUCUCACACACACACACACACACACUCACACACACAUACACACACACUGCAGGCACACACACACACCACACACACACACACACACACAUGCAGACACUCACACACACACACAUACACACUCACACACACACACACACGUGCAGACACACACACACACAUACACACCACAUACACACGUGCAGACACACACACACACACACACAUGCAGACACUCACACACACACAUACACACUCACACACACACACACACACGUGCAGACACACACACACACACACACACACAUGUGCAGGCACACACAGAUACACAUUCUGAUACAUACACACUCACACACGCACACUACACACACAGACACAGACACACACACACACACACGUGCACAUUCUCACACACAUAUACACACACCCUUACACUCACACACACACACAGACAGUUACACACACAGACACACUCACACCAGUGCACACACUGUAGUGUUAUAGUAACUCACUACAUUUUAAUAUGUCUGAGAUCAGCGAUCAAGGUGGCAGUGAAGGACACAGCAUCCUGUCAGGUUCAGUAGCCUGAUUGUCAUCAUCAUUGUCAUGGUAUGUUUUUUAAAUGCAAAUGUACAGUUUCCCUUGCUCCCUUAGGAACCGGAAAUUAAUUUGUGUCAGGGGCAUGAGAGUCUCGUCUUAAUCACACAAACCCUAUAUUCUGCUAUGCUGAAAAUUAUGUAUACUGCAAGGGACAUUCAAUAAAAAUAGAUUAACAUUUAGAAAAAUAUCUAUAUUUUCCAUGGAAUAUGUUGUUUGUCAUCCAAGACAUUUGUAUUAAAUAAAAUGUCUCUGCUGUGUCUCAGGAGCUCAUGAAAGGGUGUAAAUAAUGGAAAUAUGCGAGCAACCAAUCACAAAUAUUUUUUUACUCUGGUAAGUGGUCAAUUUACUAUGUUUAAGACUGAACACCAGAAUGCUGUCUGAAAUCGGACAGUCGUGAGCAGGAGAAUGAUGCGUAUGAUGCAUUGGGAAAGAACAGCCGUGGAAAUCACUGUGAUCCCUCACGCCCUCUGGUGGAGAACAGUGAGAGUUGCAUUCUGAAACGGAUUUGGCGCCAGUGUCUGUGCCAGGUGUGGAAUGCUACUUCCUGUAGGGUUUUAAUGAUAUGCAGGUCUCAUAGCAAUGUUUUUUAACAUAAAAACUUAAAUGCUGUAUUUCUAAGAUUGUGUAAGAAAUGCUUUUCAAUAUGUAUGACUGCACAGUGCAGCAUAUUUGUAAAACAAAUAAUA